CCAAAGAUUUAUCCAGCUUUUGUCUAACAUCAGCAUCAAAUGGUAAUAUGGCGUUGUAUUGAUCUUAUUUUGAAACUAAUAUCGUAUAUCCUCAGUAUUAUAUCAAUAUCCCGAGUUUCUUUUCUUUCCUUCCCUUCUCUUUACAUCUCCUUCCCUUUUCCUACAUACUUUUUAUUUCUCUUCUGAUCCCUUUUGCGGAGCAGACCACCGAAGCAUUAAACUAUCGGGAUCCGGAAUGGGUCAUCGAAUAAUCCCUGUUAGCGAAAUAUUCUCUAAUCCCCAAGAAGGAACAAAUUCAGAGCUGCAAACCCCUUUAGAUUCCAUUUCCACUGCUCCUUCUCUGACCGUUACAAUCUUUACCUUCACCUCUUUUUCUAUUUUUCUACUUUAUUCGCGGGAGUAUUUGUUAUUUUGGGACUUAUCAUUCAAGAAUUACUCCAAGUCAAGCAGGACAAAGAGAAAACCUUUGGGAUAAUCAGAAACCAUAUAUGUACCAAUACGAUUGUGAAUUCCUCCUGUAUGCAAGUAUAGCGCGCAACGACUGUCGAUAUGGCCGAACAAAUGGGUACCCCUAAUUCCAGUGCUGACCUUUCAGUAAAUGGAGGCAAGAAUUCUGCACCAAAAGAUAAGAAUUGUCCGUUCUGUCAUCAAGCAUUUACCUCAUCCUCACUUGGUCGCCAUCUCGAUCUUUACAUAAAGGAGAAGAAUCCCAAAGCGGCAGAUGGUAUACAUAGUGUGGAUGAGAUAAGGAAGCUCCGUGGAGGUAUUACCAGGCGGCAGCCACGCAAUUCUACAUCGAGAAGGGAAGAUUCGACACCUGCAGGGACACCUGGUGGGUCGGAAAGGAGAAGUCCUAAUAAUGAUUCAGAUAUGGCAGGGAGUGACUCUCCAAGCUUAAGAAGAGAUGAUGGAGCGGCUCUGAAUAUGAUGUGUAUUUCAAGGGGGGUACCAACCCAGAUGAGCAAUCGAAGAACCAACUUUGUUGUAAAUGGCGGUACGUGGGAGUCAACGGGUGUCAUGAAUCACAUACCUCAAGCACGAAACGGCGAACCUGCUCGAAGUUGGGAUGGAGAUGAGUCCAGAGAUGGAACUAGAAGAUUAGAUGGCAGGAAUAGGUCUGUCAGCAAACAAAUGCUUGCGAAAACGACAUUUGAACAGAAACAAAAGAUGAUGGAAGCUUUGGAUAAUGCAAAAGCGGCAGAAUUAGCUUUGAGGGAACUUUUGGGGAGCUUCAGAGCGGCCAAGUAAGUCACCACCAACCACAAAACCUGGGUCAAGAUCUAACUUAGCAUCUUACAGACAACGAAUCGAAGGGCCGAACAUUUUUGAUUAUGAUCCUUUUAGCUUGGAUUUCCCGGCUCUUACCCUCCAUUGUCUGCCACCGCCACCGACCCUCUACGCGUCCACUCCUAUUCCAAAUUCUUCAUCGUGGUCUAUCCUUCCACCGGAUGAAUUACAAUAUCAAGCAUUGCGGAAGCACUUCUCCUCGGAGUUCCACCGCUACCGCAUCUCAAUAUCCAUCGCUACAACAGCUCCACAAGACGAUCUAUCAUAUCCUCCGCAAGAGAGUUUCAAUCUCGAGAACCUUGCUGCACUACAUCAGCAAGCGGAAGUAGAUGCUCAAAGCAUGGAGGCUAGGAUUUCCGAGCACUUACAUUCAAUGUUUGGACACUGGAACUCAUUACCCCCGAAUACAAGGACUGAACUUUGGACUCUCGAAUUAGCUCGUAAUAUUGGUCGGAAGUCUGAAGAAAUAUCCAAGUUGAAGAAGGAAAGGGAACUCUUACAACAGGAAACCGCCCACUCAAAAUUACAAGUUGAGGAAUUGAGUCGGUUACAACAACCUAGAGAGUUCAGGAUACAACCACCUUCACCAAUACCUAUUGAUUCACGUCUUAUGGCCGAAAUUGGGAAAAACGGAGCGAACUUUAAAGCCGUUGGUUUUCAACUCAUGGAUCGAAGUUUGCAUAUUGAUACAGCUGUAGAACGAGCAAUUGGUCGCUGGAAAGGUGUUGUUAAGCAAGCUCGAGGUGGAUCUGGACAGUCCGGGUCUGCUGGCAUGGCUGCACAAAAGCCACUUGAGAGUAACGUCAACGAAGGAUUGCCUCCCUCGAAUCCACCACAGCUUAACUCGACAGUAACAAGUCAACCGUUACAAGAGGAUACGCAGGAUAUUGGAAGCGACCAGGAUGCAGAUGGGGAUGCAGAUAUGGAAGAAGAUGAUACAUUCGUCGAUAUGACCGAUGUUAAUGCUGCUGUUCAACGUGCACCUGAAGCACCAAUGUCCAACACAACAAAUUUCCGGUUGGCAAAUGGAGGAAUUAAUAUGCAGGGUGUUAAUGCUGGUGGUAAUGCAAGAGGGAAUGUAAUGGAGGGUAUUGAGAAUCAAACCCACGUGCAGGGAUAUGUGAGAAUUGGAGCCUGAUGAAUGAACACAUGCAUACAUAGGGCAAAAGUUGACAAGAUUCACCGACUUGUCAGCCAAGCCCAAUCUCUAACUCAAAUCGAAGUCGAAAAAUAAUCUGUUACAGCGUCGUCAUACAGAAGCGAAUAGGAAAGGGGAGUUUUUAUGCAAGCAUUUACAAGGAGUUUUUUAUUCAUCACUUGUUCACGGCCAGCGAAAAGUUUUCACUGUAUCUUACGCGCUAGAGAAAGUGAAUAUUUUAUUUGAAUUGAAUCUUAUCUUAAUCUCAAGGAGACAGAACUGAGGAAAUGAAUAUUUGGAAAAUGGGAUAUCGUAUCCUACCUAUUUAAAGAGAAUUAAGUGAUAGAAAUCCGGGGGAAGACGUAGGGAAAAUGGGACGGACGGGCGUUAGAGAGGGGGAAGACGGAUGGUUUCUUGUUCGUCAUCUGUGUAUAUUAUAUUUUAGGUAAUUAUAUAUAAAUAUGCCAUAUGGUUUUAAGA